AUGAGUCACCUAAUCAAGAUCAGACGUCUAUAUCCACGCGAGUCUAAAUAUGAUAUGAUGACGCAUGUCAUUCAUACAUAACAUAUAACCCUUUUAUCUCUAAAGUCUUUCUAUUGUAUGAAAUAUUCAAAUCAACCCAAGAUACAUAUUCUCAUUAUUAUCUUCUUAAACUCUUAUUCAUCUUUUUCUCUAUUUUGAUUUUUCUCUCUACUAUGAAGAAGCUUUGUCCCAACCUUUAUCAUGAAGAUGGCCUUGAAACUGUGCUAGAAGUUCCCAUCCCAGAAGAUAUUUUCACCAACAAGAGUGGAACCACAUGGAAGAACAUGAAGCAAUGGAUGAAACCAAACAAUGAAUCAAGAUCAUCACGUUUUGAAGAUCCAAACACAAAUAUUCAACUUUUGCUUGGUGUUGUAGGAGCUCCAUUGAUUCCUUUUCCUAUCACUAAUGAGUACAAACCCAUCAUCACUCGCAACAUUAAAGGCCAUAACAUUGAGGCGUCGAUGGCGAAGUAUAUAGUAAAACAAUAUGUGGCGGCCGUGGGAGGAGAGAGUGUUUUAAAUAAUGUUGAAAGUAUGUAUGCAAUGGGUGAAGUGAGAAUAGGGACAUCAGAGUUUGUGGCAGGGGAAGGAGGUGUGAAUAGCAAGAAGGUGAUGAAGAAAGUGAAGAAGGUGGAUAUGAAAGAAGAGUUGGGAGGUUUUGUGUUGUGGCAAAAGAGACCAGAAUUGUGGUGUUUAGAAUUGGUGGUUUCUGGGUACAAAAUUAGUGCAGGGAGUGAUGGAAAAGUGGCUUGGAGGCAAACACCUUGGCAUCAUUCUCAUGCUUCAAGAGGUCCACCUAGGCCACUUAAACGUUUACUUCAGGGUCUUGAUCCGAAGUCCACUGCCAAUUUAUUCAACAACUCAACAUGCAUAGGAGAGAAAACAGUAAACAAUGAAGAAUGUUUCAUUCUAAAACUUGAAGCAGAAUCCACUUCAUUACAAACAAGAAGCAGUAGCAACAUAGAAAUAAUUGGUCACACAGUUUUAGGCUAUUUCAGCCAAAGGACUGGACUUUUGGUUCAAUUAGAAGACACCAACUUGAUUAAACUAAAAUCUUCUGAAACUGAAUUCAUAUUUUGGGAAACAAAUACAGAAUCUCUCAUACAAGACUAUAGAAUAGUGGAUGGUAUUCAAAUAGCACAUUGUGGGAAAACUUGGGUCACUUUGUCAAGGUUUGGUGAAGGACCUGAGAAUCAUUCAAGGACAAGUAUAAAUGAGGUUUGGAAAAUUGAAGAAGUUGAUUUUAAUAUUAAAGGGUUGUCUUUGGAUUGUUUUUUACCUCCUAGUGAUUUGAAGAGAGAUGAAGAAAAAGGUGUGGUUUCUGUUAGUAAUGCUAAGUUACCAUAUAAGAUUCAAUCUGCUUCCUUUAAGAUUAGUGUUUCAAAAGUAGCUGCUAUUGAUGUGGAUGAUUCAUGUGUUAGUGAAAACAUUCAAGAUAUGUAAAUUUGACUAUGUUUUAUGUUGUAAUAGCACUAGUUCUGUUGGUUUGGUCAAGUUUGUAGUUGAGCAAUAUGAUAUAGUAUUAUAUGUUGCAUAAAUUAAUUCAUUUCUUUUU